UUCUGAACCGCCUUCUUUUCUCUUUUCCAACUUGUCUCUCCGUUUGGUGGCUGAGAAAACGAAAACGCUGAAAUAGUAGUGAAAAUUGGGGAACAUCAUUACUGGCAAGUUUGCUACCCUUUCUCACUGCACCUUCUCAGCAACCAAACGUAGAAUCUGAAUUUUGAUUCUGCCGGAUUUCGCUUCCUGUUUCUUGGGGAAAAUGACUGCUGUUCAUAAAAUAGGCCAAGCUGGUUAUCGGGGUCCAAGUAUCUUUAAGGAGAUCUUGUAUGGGCUGACUGCUGGCCUCAUUGCAGGAGGCCUUUGGAAAAGGUAUCAUUGGAACCUCCAGAGGAGAAACAAGGAAUUCUACGACAUGCUAGAGAGAGGUGAGAUCAGCGUGGUGGUGGAAGAUGAGUAGGCUAUAUCCUUCCAUGUGUAUGAAUCAAUGUUCAGGUUAGACAAUGAUCAAAGACCUAACCUAAGAUCAUAUUGUUUUACCAAUGUUUUUGUAUAUGAUACUACUGAUGUAGGUCCACUAAAAUCUCUUGGAGUUUUGCUUAUUUUGGUAGCAUCCUGAGAGCUCUAUCCCAAAAGUUUUGAGUUUGAAUGUAUCACAUUCUCUCAUUUACCCUG